CUUUCAAUUCAUUCAUUCAGCCCACACACUUCUGUUUUCCCAGGCACCUCCCAUUUUAUGCCCAGACUGGUGUGCAACGCCACCGACCAGCAACGCUAAACAUAUAUUAACUCACAUACGCAUUAACUCCGAUUUCGAUUUCACCCCCGCACAUACAACCCCCUCCUCGAUUCAACUAUCAUUUAUUCAUUGACAUACCCUUCCAAAGAUAUAAGUUUGAAUGAUCAAUUUAUGUAUUCAUUGAGUUGGCCAAACCAUGUCGUCCACACCAGAGUUCGAUCCAUAUGCUGUCUUAGGCGUCCAGAAAGAUGCCACCCUAGCAGAUCUCAAAACAGCCCGUCGAGAACUCGCCUUCAAGCAUCAUCCAGAUAAGGUCGGGAAUAACUCGUCGGAGAUGUUCCAGAAAGUCCAGAAGGCCUUCGAGAUCCUCUCGGAUCCCACAGAGAGGCAAAAGUAUGACCAGAAAGUUCGCCUCAAUGAGCUCCGACGGGAGAUGGCGGCGCGUAACGCAACCGCGGGCGGUUCGAUGUCCUACGCUCAACGGGGGAGUACGGUCCGUGAGUAUCGUGAUGGACGCAUCUAUGAAGAAAGAACGCCGGCCGAUGUGUACGACGAUGUCCGGUUUACAAAGGAAUCGCGGUCGACGCCCCGGAAAAACGAUGAGUUUGGAAUGCGACAACGGACGAGAGCAUCGGAGGAAAAGAAGAAGACUAAGAGCGUUCCUGUCAGCUCUCCCCGCCCAUCGAAAGAUACGGCGCGUAGCAGCAGCAGUGCCAAAACGACCCACACGGAUCGGGCCAAGUACCGUACCAAGGAACGGCGACGGGAAGCUUACGAGAAGAUGUAUGCUCCCUACGUCGGGUCCGAAGAUGAUGCCUCCGACUCGAGCGCGUCGUCCGUUUGGGUACGCGUUAAGCGUCCGUCGACCCGGACUCGGGAAUCGUCAUCUCGGAAGACCAAACCAGCAGAGUCUUCCCGCCGCUCCGAGCGACGGUAUGAGGAGGAUUACUCUGACGAAUGGGAUAAACACGAGAAACAAUAUUCCACGGCCGAAAACUACAUUCGCCGCUCCAAAGGGACACUUCCUGUGGAGCGUGAAUCUAGACAACGUUCUUCCCGCUCCCCCAAUCAACGUCGGGGCUACGAAUCGGCCGACCCAGAGUCUUCCUCCUCCCGCCGCGCCGGUAGGUCAAAACGAUCCACCGAAAGCGUGCGACCUGAUACGUCCCGCCAUGGCUCAUUUGAGGAUUUGGAGUCUUACGAUCAUCCAUCCCGCAGUUAUGAAGCCAAGGUCCCGCCCAUGCCAACCCCCGCCACUGCUGCAGGGAUGAAAGUCCCUUCGUCUGUCCGGCCCUCCCUCCAGCCCUCACGAUCUGCGAAUGCUUCUUAUUCCCGAUCAAAACGGGAAGGCAGUAGUCGUUCGGAUCCUGUACUUUUAGGCAUGGUGUAUUCUGACCCACCAUCGCGUACCGCGAAGGUAAGAGGCGUGGAGAAGUCGGAUUCAGGGUACUCAAGUCCAGGUACUCCGGAAAUGGCGGCCGGGGAAAGCCCUCCCAAGAUGUCCACACGUUACAAGGUUUUUAACGACAAGCUUGUCAACGAGCCCGAGACCAUUCUGGUAGAACCAGGCAUGCCGUCACAACCACACCCGUCUCCGAGACACUCCAGAACAUACUUACCGCCACAAGAACGUCUGCCACGCGCCCCACCGAAACCAGUUCGGAGUAGUACUUACGCUUACACCCCAGAGCCGUCCAAGCGUUACGAACAGGUCCGGCCAGAGACCUCUAGGCAAUCGUCUAGCAGACAAUUGUUCGGCGAAGCCGACUACAGUUCCCGCCUUAAGGAGAAGGAGUUUAAAUAUGCCCGCGAAAUCGGGCCGGACAAAUAUUCUCGCCACCACUACGAUAGCUAUCACCCCCCACCUGUCGGAAGACGCCAGUCCACCUACACUUGACGAACCCAUGAUAACGACAGUAACCCAUAUUCAAGAUAUUCAUUGAAACACACCACUUGCAUUUAGGCGGCUCAAUCGCAGUUGACAUCAGAAAUGUUCAAUGAUAUCCAGAGAAUAACAUACAAGGUGUCUGUCAGCACUCGAUGAACGCCGACAUAUUUCUGUUCUUCGCACAUUCUAAGAUAUCAUUAUUAUGCCUUUACUCCCAGAAACGGGCUA